AUGAUGUCGCCUAUGCGUGACUUGAUGAGUUGCUUGGCCUUUUUUGUCCCCUACCUUGUUAUCACGGCCGGCAGUCCCAAGCUGCAGACAAAGCUUUUGCGCGUGGGUAUUUCUGAUAAUGAUAGUAGCAACGGACCGGAUGAGAUUUCUGCUCGAAGCCCUGUGCCUGCGCCGCCCGACGGCAAAGAGAGUGGGGUAAGGCAAUGGCAAGCAGUGUUGGGCGCCAAGUCCAAGCACUGUUCAGCUUGUCAAUGGCUGCUGAAUCCAGCUUUACCGGCAUUCAAGACAAUUGUUGGUUACCCCGCUCCCAUGCUUUCCGUCAUCGUCUGCUGUCAAUUUUCCAUUCCCUCGUCAUCAGGAACACAAUCCACAUGCUACACGGCUCCUCGCAUCGGAAAGAAGAGAGACCAUCGUUAUCGAUACAUUCGUUGGACAACCCCUAUCAAAAACGCAAACACUAUCAUUGCCCGUUAA